AUGGGAAACAAACCUGCGAAGCAAGCAAGAGAAGUAGGGUCUCCAUUGGCCCAGGACAGGCAAGAGAUUCACUUGAAAAUUGUGCCUCCAUUGGACCAUGCUUAUGUUCGGUGGCUUGCUCGUGAUCUUGAGAGGAUUCAUGGCUUUACUCCAAGAAAUUGUCGUGCAGUGACGCCACCAGAUCAUUAUACCGAAUACAUGCGAUUACAAGGUUGGUUGGAUGUGAAUUUGGAUGAUCCGGAUCUGGCUCAUUUGUUUCCAAGUGGCCCAAGUCCACUUCAAACAGUUGAGUAA